AAUAGUUUGAAAAAGGAAAAGUAAUUUGUGCGUAUUAUUUGAAAAUAAAAAAAAAAAUAAAAUUUUAUAAUUAUUUCAAAAAAGUGAAAGCAAAAUUCUUAAAAGUGGUCAAAAAUUUUUAAACCAAAUAUUUUAAAAAAUUGAAAAUUUUUCUUGAAAAAAAAAGAAAAAAAAAUUGAAGCAUUGCCAUAUUUCUUGAAACUUAAUAAAAUUUUAAUAUAAAGGGCAAUACGUAACAGAAGUGCUUUAAAUUAUGUAAAAAAUUCUAAUAAACAAGAUCAAAAUCUAGUGUAAAGUUUUCAAAAUUUACAUAAACUACUUUACAAGCAAAAUGUGUUACAAAAGCAGCAAAUUAGCAGAUAAAUUAUAUUGUGGAAGUGAAAAAAUAGAAUUGAAAGCAAAUCAAUUUUCUAUUUACCAUAUUACUCGAAAAAGAAACAUUCAAACCGUAAAAUAAAUUUAAUUUAAUUGAAAAAUAAUAUAUUUUAUAUAUAUAAUAUUUUUCAAUCUAUAAAUAGAAAUUAUUUUACAAAAUUUAUUGUUGAAAAUCUUGUAGAAUACUUGAAAUCCUUGAUUUCCAAGAGUUGCUGAAUAAAAGCUUGUUUUGACGUAAAUAUUUUUCGUUAUGUUGAUUAAUACCAAACAGAAGUAAGUUCUUUAUUAAAAAUUUUUAUAUUUUUGGUAUUCGUGGCAACAAUAAAAUUUGAUAAUAAAUUAACCAUAUUAGUCGAAUUAAAAAAAAACAGAAUAAAUACAAAAAUGAUGAAUGGUAAUUGCAGAAAUAAUUUACAAGGUUCGGAUUGCAGAUUUGGUAUGCUUAAUCCAACAAAUUUUUUAACCCAAAGUAUUGGGAAUUUUAUUCAGAAUACAGCUAACAUGCUGUGGAAUCCCACUCAAUAUCAAAAUCAGAACUGCAGGAAAUUUAGUACGAACACAAACCAUUUUGGUAGACCUCAGGAAACUCAAUAUACAACGAUGGCACCGUAUGCAACAGCUUUUGUAAAUAUCAAUAAUGCAAUGGGUUUCAAUCCAAAUUCUAGACAUUAUAAUAAAUUUUCUGGCUUCAAUCAACAUAUGGAUGGUAUGGGACAUCGAUUGGGUAGUAGUUUUAAUAAAAAUAAUUUUAAAUUUGGCUGUGAUGAUCAUUUAGAAAAUAAUCAUUUUAAUCAACAUCGUAACAAUAAAAAAUAUCAAAAAAUGAAUCCAUCUUAUUGUAACAAAAAUUGGAGAGAUGGCUGCGUUAAACGCAACCAUAAAACUUCUGAAAAACAUAAAUCUGUUCUUAAUGAAACUCCAGAAUCUAAUUAUACACAGGGCAAAAGUUACUGUAAUCAAAGAUACUUUAACAACAAUAAUAAUAAUAAAAUCAAUUAUUUAAAAUUAGAAAAUAGACCUAACAGUAAUCGCAAUAUGAAUAAUUGUAAUGAUAAUAAUAAUAAUAAUAGAUCAGCAGAAGUUUUAACUAUAUUUACAUUAGAUGAUUUCCCGGAAUUACCAGUACCGAAAAGACAUAAGCAAUGGUCGUUUAAUUUUCCAAGUUCAUGCAAGUCAAAAAAUCGUAUAACAGCUAAAAUUAAUUAUAAAAAUCAAAACGAAUCAUCACCAAAAAUUAAAUCUAAUGAUAAUAAUAAUAGUUUCCAUGAAAUUACAUCAAAUAAAGAAAGAAAUAAAUGUAAUAAGUCUAGUAAGCAUGAUUUUAUUGAGGAUAAUUUCGUUAUUAUAAUGGAAAGUCCAAAUUCUCCAAAAUUUAAACACAAUACAAAAAGUACAGCUGGUUUUACGCCAUUUAAACCAAGGCAACGACAAAUAUCAGAAUGCAGUGAUGAUAGUUUUAUUAUUUGUUUUACAAAUGAUGCAGCUGAUGGAGUUAUUGAAUUUGCAAAUCUCUUGAGCUCUGAAAAUAGUGAUACUGAUAAUACAGAUUCAGAUGAUGAUGAUGUUAGUGAUGAUGAUGAUGAUGAUGAUGACAGUGAUAAUGAUGAUGUUUAUAACAAAUCGGGUCAUAUAAAAAAUAAAAGCCAAUUUAAUCAAAAUAACAACAAUAAGAAAAGUAGUAAAAACAACGUCCCAAAAGAAAAGACUGAAAAUAAUAAGACUAUAAGCAAUAACUUGGAAACUUUAUGUUUAGAAACAACAAGUCAACCAGAUUCUGGAUUUGAUGAUAUUAAAGAGAAAAAGGUUCGUUUUAAUUUAGAGCCAGAAGUUCAUGUUAUGCAUACAUGGGAUUAUGCGUAUAGGGCGGCCAGAAAAGGUGAAUGGGAAAGUUAUGCACGAGAUAGAUGUAGAUUUAAAAAUCGAAUUGAUAAAGUAGGUCCUGCAAUUACAGCAAUUUUAGAAGAACAACAUCGUAGAAAAAUUUUUAAUGAAAGAUUUUCAAAUUAAAUUUAAAAAAAAAAAAAAAAUUUAAUACCUAUGUAAAUAAUAUUUCUAAUUAUGUAUUUAAAAACGAAAUAAAUAAGAAAUUGAAAAUGUAAAAAAAAAAUAAAUAAAU